AUGCUGCCCAAAGUUGGUGAGGGGAGUCCCUCUGCCACCUAGGCUGAGGUUGAGUCAAGUCUGCCUGAUUCUCGCAGUCACAAGUACCUGCAGAGUCUCAGGGAUGCACUAGGGCCCACACUGCAACUGGUGGCAAUGUAGGUCAAAGGACAAGACUAUCCCAUAAGGGCACAAGGCUCUGCUUCGUGCCAGAGUUUCUAAAGCCCCAUCUGUGAGUACUGGCCUGAUGAUAGCCAUGCUGCUCAAGGCUGGGGGAUGGGUGGAAGAGACAGCCCCUCAGCCACCAAAGCUGGUGCUAAGCUGGGUUGCAUCUGAGUCUCAUAGCUGUAGGGGCCUGCACAGUCUCAGGAGGAAGGUGAGCAUACCCAAUCCUACUCCAAACAGAAACUGACACAGCCAAAACUCAUUUGUUCCACCAUUGUACAGGUCUCUUCCUGGUGCCAGAGUCAGACUAGGGGCUCUGUCUGCAAAGUCUAACCUGCAUAUAAGGUCUUUAGUUUCUACUGGGCACUUGAUCUUACUGUUAUAGGGCCUGGCACUGGGCUCAGCAUCAAAGCCUUGACAUAGCUAUCAUGGUUUGCUCCCCAGCAAUUCUGCUCCCCAUUCUGCAGCCUGAGGUUGGAGGAGGAGUGGUAAAGGAAUCUGGUGCCUGAACUAACAGAUAUCCAGAGCUCAGUCAAUGGUAUUGGCUUAGCAUCAGGGAUCAUGAGACUUUGCCCAGCACCAUAGCAAGCCUAGUACUGGGUUUUAAGUCUAAGGGCUGGACUUAUUUAUUUCUCCCUCCCCAAGCACAAGAUAUCUCUCUCCAUGCUGACUGCUUGGAGUUGGGGGAGGGUUAACUCAAGCCAUUUUUGCUUCCUGCCUUUUUUUUUUUUUUUUAGAGAGAGAGAAUUUAAUAUUUAUUUUUUAGUUUUUGGCGGACUUUCCUACCUCUUUGAUGCUUUUUUCAUUUUUGUAUACUAAAAGCAGGUACCAUAGGCUCUCACCUGAGUUUCUUAGUUCUUAUGGAGAUAGUUUUAUACACAGAUUACUUGCUCAACCUGUGUCUGUGAGGAGAGAUUGAGGGAGGAUCCUAACUACCAUCUUGUUUGCCUCGACACAAAUUAUUUGUGAAGGUGGUCUACUUAUUCAUAUUUAAAGUAAUAUAAAGUAACUUCCUUUUUGCCUUUGUUUAUAGAGUCAAUAACUUGCUUUUCCAAAGAGUUGACUGCUUUUCUAGGCUUCCUUUUGCAGCCCUUUCUCCCCAUCAUCUGACUAUCCUGAGGAAUUACUUCUUCAAUUGAGCUUUCCUGGAUAAUAUCCAAGUCCACAAGACACCCCAUGAGACGCAAACACCUGUGCAAAAUAGUUCAGACUUGGAUCUAUUUGUAGUAAAUUUUUAGUUGGUGUUUUUUGCUCUCAUAUCAUGGGUUAGUUUUCUCACUGUAGGGAAUAGUCCACAGCAAUUCAUAAACUACUUUUUGGAAGAUAGUUCUCAAACUCAACCCAUUAUGGAGAUCCCCAAGGAACUUAUUAGAAAUAAAUUCCUGGGCUCAACCUCACAGAUGUUCAAUCAAAUCUCUGGGAUAGGUCCUGGAGAAGUGUAUCUUUACCAAGAUCUCUAGGUAAUUCUGAUGAUAAAUCAAGUUUAGAAAGCAUAAUCCAAGAAUCACUUAAAUUAUUUUCUCUUAAAUGUGCUGUCUUAUACUAGUCCCCAUGGAUACUCAUUUACAAUUUUUCCUACCAACUUACCCUGUGUUGAGAGAACUUUGGGGGAUAUAUUUCCUUUGGAAAUGCUGUUCGUCACUUUGCAUUCUCUAUAUUAUAAAAGCUGCCUCAGAUGGGAAAUCCUGCUGCCAGACUUCUCUCUCUUGGGGUGUGUCCAUUUAUCCUCACCCAUUGCUACAGCUCCAAGUACUGCAUUUUUGAUAAAAUAAUUACCUGGUGGACAAGUUCAAAGGGGAAAACAUUGCCAUGAGCCAAAGGCAGAAACAUGGGAUGGAGUUUGAUAUCUUGUAUUCUCCAAGCUACUUGAAACACUUACACAAAAAAUUUACUCCUGGAGAUAUGCAAACUAGACCACCCUUCAGAGGAGGGAGAGAAAAAAUAGUUGUUCCUGGACUGUUCUUAGGUUUGAAUAUUUUAAGGGAAUCUUCCUUUAUCUCUUCAACUGGGUUAGACCAUCUGCAGUAAAUUAGUAAGAACUCAACAUAGAGGUUUAUAUUCUCCUUAAGACAGACCACAGCUAGGAUCUAGCUCACUCUAGAAUACCUAAGUUCAUUUCCAUGUUUGUAAUCACCUCGUCCCAGCUGUUUUCUUUCUGGAGAAGUCAUUUGAAUUGACAGAUGCAUUUGAACCCCUAUUCUUCCAGUAGCGAAGACACCAACUUCAGAAAGGACAUUGGCCUUCUGUUUAGCACCCUUCAGGAGUCUUAAUGGUUGUUAGAGUUUUUAGUAGCAGUGAAGGGAGCAGAGAAUGUGUUCACCCAGGUUUUGACCUGACAGCGCAGGGGCAACUUAUUGGCCACUAGUCAGACUCAGGUUGGUGACUGGCUUGACCAAUGCAAUGAACAUGUGAUUGUCACUCUCACUGGCACUUAACUGUUUACAUCAGAUAAGCCAAGCAACUGGAAGUCCAUGUGGGUUUGGUCUUGGCCAAGAAACUAGAAGUCCAUGUGGGUUUGGUCCUGUGGUCAUUCAUCUAGAAAGCCCUUCAGAAUAUUAAACAGACAUUCUGUUCCUCUGCAGCUAACCACACAAAGCACGGGGCAGUGAGGCAUAGCUCCUGGCAAGCUUGAAGUCUUCCACCAUAGUCGAUACACCUCCAGCAGCUUCAAAUAAGUGAUGAAUUCUCCUGGAAGAAUUCUAAUCCUUAAGCAGCAAGAAUAAUCAGAGCAGACUCAGCAUGGGUCCCGGAAAAUUUUAAAUUAGGGAGAGAAGAAACUGGAGGCUUUGAAGUCAGAGAACAGACCGAGAGCAGGACCAGAGACACUCUCAUCUAGCUCAGUAAAUAAACACUGGAAAGAAUAAACAUGCAUCAAGCAGAUGGAUUAACAGACCAAUCCUGUGGCCAAGGAGAGGAUUUCCUCCCUAUUCUUUGUUGGUCUAAUAGGCAAGGUGUGUGCCAACAGAUUUUAUAAGCACCCGAGAACAGCAAUGACAAGCAGCCACUGAGUUCACAGAAGCCCAGGUGGUUUCAACAUUUCCCCAAGGAGUUAGCCAGGAGGGGCCCUGACAGGUCCACUUCAGAUGGAGGAAGAGAGUGAGAAGGACCAUCGGGCUUUGCUCAACCAAGGAGAGGAGAAUGAACUGGAGGUGUUUGGUUACCACACCCAGCAUCUUCGGAGAGCCCUGUGCCUUAUCGCAUCCGUGCUGACUGGUGGAGUCCUUCAGCUGCUGUUCUACUGGAGGCCAGAGUGGAGGGUGUGGGCCAACUGCACCCCAUGCCCCUUGCAAGAAGCAGACACUGUUUUGCUGAGGACAACAGAUGAAUUUCAAAGAUAUAUUAGAAAGAAGGUGCUCUGCCUCCACUUAUCUACCCUGAAGUUUCCUAUAAGCAAGAACCCAAAAGACCCUUUGGUGGCCGACCACCACUCUGUCAUAAACCAAGCAGUAAUGAAGCCGGAUUUAAAACUGCGAUGCAUCCAAGUGCAGAAAAUCAGGUAUGUUUGGGAUUACUUGGAGAAGCGCUUCCAGAAAGUUGGGUUGCUGGAAGACAGCAACUCCUGCUAUGACAUCCAUCAUACGUUUGGAUUGGGUCUGACCAGCGAAGAGCAAGAAGUCAGAAGAUUAGUGUGUGGGCCCAAUGCCAUUGAGGUUGAAAUCCAACCCAUAUGGAAGCUGCUUGUUAAACAGGUUUUAAAUCCAUUCUAUGUGUUCCAAGCCUUCACCCUAACUUUGUGGCUGUCUCAAGGUUACAUAGAGUACUCUGUGGCUAUCAUCAUUUUGACCAUUAUCUCCAUUGUCUUAAGUGUGUAUGAUUUGAGACAGCAAUCAGUGAAGCUGCACAACCUCGUGGAGGAUCACAACAAAGUCCAAGUUACAAUCCUUGUGAAAGAUAAAGGUUUGCAGGAGCUGGAAUCUCGACUCUUGGUUCCCGGAGAUAUUCUUAUUCUUCCAGGAAAAUUAUCAUUGCCUUGUGAUGCUGUUUUGAUCGAUGGGAGCUGUGUGGUGAACGAGGGCAUGCUCACAGGAGAAAGUAUACCUGUCACAAAGACACCACUGCCCGGAACGGAGAACACCAUGCCUUGGAAAUGCCACAGCUUGGAGGACUAUCGGAAACACGUGCUCUUCUGUGGGACAGAAGUUAUCCAGGUCAAGCCCUCUGGGCAGGGACCCAUAAGAGCAGUCGUUUUGCAGACAGGUUACAAUACAGCAAAAGGGGAUUUGGUGAGAUCCAUCCUCUACCCCCGGCCUCUGAACUUCAAACUCUACAGCGAUGCCUUCAAGUUCCUUGUGUUCCUGGCCUGUCUUGGGGUUGUAGGAUUUUUCUAUGCCCUAGGAAUAUAUAUGUACCAUGAAAUCCCCCCAAGAGACACCGCCACCAUGGCCCUGAUCCUCCUCACGGUGACUGUCCCUCCCGUGCUGCCCGCUGCCCUGACCAUAGGCAUCGUGUAUGCCCAGAAGAGACUGAAGAAAAAGAAAAUCUUCUGUAUCUCUCCACAGAGAAUCAACAUGUGUGGGCAAAUAAACCUCGUGUGCUUUGACAAAACAGGCACUCUUACGGAAGAUGGGCUGGACCUCUGGGGGACUGUUCCAACUGCCAACAACUGUUUUCAGAAAGUCCACAGCUUUGCUUCAGGCAAGGCUUUGCCAUGGGGACCUCUGUGUGCAGCCAUGGCCAGCUGCCACUCUCUGAUCCUUCUUGAUGGGACCAUCCAGGGAGACCCUCUGGACCUCAAAAUGUUUGAAAGCACGGCCUGGAAAAUGGAAGAUUGUAAUGUGAACGCCUACAAAUUUGGCAUGUCAGACUCAAACACAAUAAUAAAACCAGGACCAGAAGCCAGCCAGAGUCCUGUAGAAGCCAUUGCCAUCUUGCGCCAGUUUCCGUUUUCAUCAAGCCUGCAGAGGAUGUCUGUGAUUGCUCAGCUGGCCGGAGAGCAUCACUUCCGGGCCUACCUGAAGGGUGCCCCAGAGAUGGUGGCCAGGUUCUGCAGACCCGAAACAGUGCCCAAGAAUUUCCCACAGGAGCUGAGGAAUUACACAGCGCAAGGCUUCCGUGUCAUUGCCCUGGCUCACAAAGUUCUGAAGACGGGGAAGCUCUCAGAUGUGCAGCGUUUAGCAAGGGAGAAAGUGGAGUCCGAGUUAACAUUUCUGGGACUUCUCAUCAUGGAGAAUCGCUUGAAAAAGGAAACCAAACCAGUCUUGAAGGAGCUGAGUGAGGCCCGCAUCAGGACCGUGAUGAUCACAGGUGAUAAUCUUCAAACAGCCAUUACUGUUGCAAAGAAUUCUGAAAUGAUUCCUCCAAGCAGCCGGGUGAUCAUUAUUGAAGCCAGUGAACCAGAAGAGCAUAUUCCUGCUUCCUUGACCUGGCAACUCAUGGAGAACCAAGAGAUGGGAACUGGGAAGAAAGAAGCUCAUGUUAAUAUUGGAAACAGUUCCGGGCCUGAAGGGGAAACAGGGAGCAGUUACCAUUUUGCAAUGAGUGGGAAAUCAUACCAAGUGAUAUUUCAGCAUUUCAACAGCUUGCUUCCAAAAAUUCUGGUGAAUGGAACCGUUUUUGCAAGAAUGUCUCCUGGGCAGAAAUCAAGCCUUAUUGAAGAAUUUCAGAAAUUAAAUUAUUAUGUGGGCAUGUGCGGAGAUGGAGCCAACGACUGUGGAGCUUUGAAAAUGGCUCAUGCAGGCAUCUCGCUGUCAGAACAGGAAGCAUCAGUGGCCUCCCCCUUCACCUCGAAGAUAGCCAACAUUGAGUGUGUGCCUCAUCUCAUCAGAGAAGGCCGAGCUGCUCUGGUUUCAUCCUUUGGAGUAUUUAAAUACUUGAUCAUGUAUGGCAUAAUCCAGUUUAUUGGAACAUUGCUGCUCUAUUGGCAGCUACAGAUCUUUGGGAAUUACCAGUAUCUCAUGCAGGACGUAGCCAUUACUUUGAUGGUCUGUUUAACAAUGAGUUCAACACAUGCCUACCCAAAGCUGGCUCCAUUUCGACCAGCAGGACAGCUCCUCUCUCCACCUUUGCUGCUCUCCGUCUUCUUGCAUUCCUGUUUCACCUGCAUUGUGCAGGUCUGUGCAUUUCUCUAUGUGAAGCAACAACCCUGGUAUUGUGAGGUCUACCGAGACGCUGAGUGCUUCCUGGCCAACCAAAGUAAUUUCUCAUCCAAUAUGAGUUUGGAAAGAAACUGGACUAGAAAUGCAACUCUGAUUCCUGGUUCGAUUUUAAGUUUUGAGACUACCACACUGUGGCCCAUUGUCACCUUCAAUUGCAUCACAGUAGCAUUCAUCUUUUCUAAGGGAAAACCAUUUCGAAAACCCAUCUACACAAACUAUAUAUUUUCAUUUUUGCUGAUAUCUGCCUCGGGCCUCACAAUCUUCCUUCUGUUUUCUGAUUUUCAAGAUAUAUACCAGGGAAUGGAGUUUAUCCCAACCAUAACAUCAUGGAGAGUUUCGAUUUUGGUGGCAGCCCUUACCCAGUUCUGUGUUGCCUUCUUUGUAGAGGAUGCCAUCCUUCAGAAUCGAGCGUUCUGGCUGUUGAUCAAGAAAGUAUUUGGAUUCUACUCUAAAAGUCAAUAUAGGACCUGGCAAAAAAAGCUGGCAGAAGACUCUACCUGGCCCCCCAUAAAUAGGACGGAUUAUGCAAGUGAUGGUAAAAAUGGAUUCUACAUCAACAAAGGCUAUGAAAACCAUGAACUGGUCCCCAAAGAAAAACUCAAAUCAGGGGACCAAAUCAAAGAACAGCAUUUUUGGACAAGACUCUAAUUGGAAUUGUUAUACAUAUUGAGCAGCAUCACCCUCCUCCAAACUAAAACAUGUGGAAGGUGAAAAGAAUGUUCCCUUUUCUUUUUGCUGUCCAUCUGAUCAUCUGAAGCACAUUUCUCAGUGCACUUAGCCUUGCAACAGAGGACCUUGAAUUUAUCUAUUUUGACUAUAUCCUUUCCUAUUGGGAGAAAAAAAUGCAUUUCUUGGGUUAUCAUUUUAAUAUGCUUUAUUCAGACUGUAUUGUUUAAAAUGCACAGCUCUUAGGAUAAUAAAAUUAGAAGUAUGAACAUCAAUAAAGAAAAGCUAAGGAAACAUUUGGUCUUUGAAAGUUUUACCAAUAUGUUAAUUAUCACACAAGUUUCUUUAAAUCUUACAUUCAUUUGUAUAUAUAUAUAUGUACAUAUCUUUUUACAAGAUAACUAAAUUCCUCCUUUUGGCUUCACUGUAUGGUUUUAAUAGAAAUAAGUAUUAACAUUUACUUCAUAAAAUUCAACCCUAACUAUGUAGUAAGCUAGAGUCAUGUGGAAGUGGAGAACGGCAGAGAUUUGUGUUAAUUGCAUAUAAUCUUAGCAUAGGCAUAGCUAAUACCUAAGCAAAUUCCACCAAAGUUUGACAAUUCCCAAAGUAUUGAGCUAGAAGGUCCAUGGUAGAUCCCCAAAAUAAUGGAAGGCUGUUAAAAUGUGCCUUUCACCUCAGAAAGCCUGGUGCUUUGAUUUACUCUUUAUUACUGACACACCAAAACUUCAAGUAAGUUCUAGGUGAAAAAAAAAAAAAAAAAGACAGGUCAAAUUCAACAUCACUUGUCUUAUAAA